UCGUGGCUGUUCACAUGCCACCCAUUUCCUGUUUGUGGGUAAGUACUGCCGCCUAGUGGCGCAUGCAUGUACAUCAAUGUAGAUUACGCCACAGUUCAGUCAAUAUUGUUUGGACAGAGAUAAAACCUGCAGCUUCAGAAUCAGCGCAAAAAGGGCGUGAACACAAAGCGCGGACCGGCCGACGGAUCAGAAUCAGCGAGCUGUCGGCUUUCAGCCGCGACCGUGUCCGUGCCGUCGGUUUCCCAGCAUGCCUCGGCUGUGGAGCUGAGGGAGAGCUGUUUGUCCUGCUGCCCUGUGAGUUUCCCACUUUUGAACUGGACCGCCCCACAGUGGUGUGGAGUCGCUCCGACCUCAGUCCUCCAACCGUCCACCAGCAUCAAGGAGACGAACUGAAAGAUCCAAACCAGCGUUACAGCGGCCGAACAUCCAUGAAGACUGACGCUCUGGAAACUGGAGACCUCAGCCUGAACCUGACCAACCUCCACCUGUCUGACAGCGCCACCUACACCUGCUCCGUCAGAUCAUUUAGACUGAGAGAUGUCCCACUGCAGGUCAAAGAACCAUUUCCAUCCUGGGCCACAGCUCUGCUGGUUCUGCUGGUUCUGCUGGCUCUUCUGGUUCUCCUGGUUCUGCUGGUUCUCCUGGUUCUUCUGGUUCUCCUGGUUCUCCUGGUUCUUGUUCUCAUCGUCUCUGGAGGUCUUUUAUUUCAUUUCUGGCACUAUUUUAAGUCAGCUACAGCAGGACUGUGCGGUGACGCGCUGUCAGGAGGAGACAGGUCUGCGACAGGAGCCCCGCCCCCUUGUUCUUCUGGCCGGUGUGGUUUCCAUCCCGGAAGAGAAAUUCCUCUCCUGUUUCAGAUAAGGAACAUUUGCCCGCGUGUGGCUGGACUGUGGGAUUAUGGGAAUUUUAGCAUAUGGAAACAUUUGUUUAGCCUUUGUGUUGACAGUGUAGAGUUAUUUCUGCAGCAGGGUUUUAAGUGUGUUGAGACUCUUUUUAUUGUAUAGGGGAUUUAACCUGUAACUCUGGUUGUGUCUGUUUCCAUGGAAAUAAAUGGUGUGUUUAAGGCCAACUUAGUGUCUGUGCCCUGAGCACUGACCCACUCACUCCCCUUCUAUUUGUAUGUGAACGCACUUUGAGGUGCAGAUUUAGAUCCACCACUUUAAGCGGCUACACUAACACUCAGAGAGUCAGUUGGAGGUGGAGGAGGGGGCGGAGUCUGUCCGGCUGCCUGAGGACACUCAGGUGGAGUGGUGGCACCGUCCUGAGAAGCCUGACAAACAGCAGCAGCAUCACAGAGACCGAGUGAAAGAAAGACGAGCGUGUGAAAAGCGGACAGUUCAGCCUGACCCUUAAACACCCCACAGAGAGAGACAGAUACAGCUGUGUGGCCUGGAGCCAGGGAAACAUCAUCGGAUGGAGAGUCGUGCUGCUCACAGUUACAGG